AUGGUUAGCAAUGGCAAGGGCGAAAAUGCCACCCCAGAUCAAACUACUCAUUCACUCCAAAAGACACCCCAGUCAUCCCAAACAAACAACCAGAACACGCCAAAAGGCCACACAAGCACCAGCAAUGGAACCAAGCCUCCCGAGCAUCUCUCUGAGUUUUAUUCCUUCAUGAAUACGAAGUCCAGCAUACCCUUAUCUCCUACACCCAGUAGUUCGUCCAGGAAGAUUCCAGCCGCAUCAGAAGAUCGCAAGAUCCAACGCCAGCCUUCCUUGAAUACAUUCACAUCCUUUUCGCCGUCUGUACUGGACCUUCCUAGCAUUGUCACAUCAAAGGACUUUCUGAACAACAUCAAAACCUACAACAAGCUACUCAGCCUGGCUUCAAAAUUGAGAACAACUUUACUCCAAGUAUCCGAAGCCGCCAAUGAAUUUGGCCAAGCAUUGGAAGAGUGCAUCACCGAGUGCCCGAAAUCAAACAAUAAUAAGAGUGUAAGUGAUGGCUUGAUGAACGCUGGUGGGUUACAAUACAUGUUGGGAAGCAAUCAACAGAUAUUGAGUAAUUUGAUACGAACUAGUUUUGAAGAACCAUUGGCCAAAGAAUUGGCCAGAUUACAGGAAGAGUACACCGUCAAUCAUGGGUACUAUCAACAGGAAGUUAAAAGAAAAUCUCAGGCAUUGAGAGAAAAGGAAUUGGAAAAUUUGAAGUUAUCUAAGCAGAGAACCCGAAAUUUGAACGCAUACAAAAACAAUCUUCUCAACUUGACUAAUCAGCUUGAAGAAAUUGACCGCCUCAAGUAUGAUUAUUAUCAUGAAAUUAAUUUGAUGAUCGAAAGGUUCAACCUGGAACAACUAUUGAUAAAGACUGGUUCUUUAGUGAGGGCACAAUUGGAAAUUUUUGAGGGGAUAGCGAGAAAGGGAUGGUCCGGUGGGGGGUUGGAUGAGCUACUUGAGAUAUCUCCAGAUUUAUUUGAAGCUAGUUACGAGUCUGAUGAUGUUACAACUCCAGAUAACGACUAUGAUGAUAGACUUGGGGGUUUAGAUAAGAGUGCCUCAGUUUCGACUUUGAAGCAGAAUCUGGUGACAAAUCAUGAUGUACGAGAAGGGGUCAAAAACAUCGAUAAAGAGGUCCUCGAAGUUGUUAAGGUGGAGGAUGAGGAUGAUUACGUCGAGGACAAUGUUACCGCGGAUACAGUUCGAAUUGAUAGGAGUCGCCUGCAAACCCCCAGAAAUGAAGAUCAAACCUCUUCAAUAUCUAAACCCCUUGCGUCAAGCAAGUUUUCCGAAACAGAAGGCGGCCAAGACGAAUCAUUUUCCCUACCGGUUGUCCAUAAUUCUUCCUUGUUGGGCCCCAAGUACAAGUCAUCAGAUGCUGAAACCUCUCCAGAAAGUAUUGCUAAUAUUGACCAUCACAACAUUUUAGAUGAGUUAGAUAACUAA